GGGGCGGGCCUGGCGUGCCGCCUAGACAGCCUGGGAGCCAAGAAGGGGGCGGUUCACCAGAGAGACCGCGCGGCGCACGCCCCCAUGGCGGGGGCUCGCGUUGCGCUCUGGGCUGUCUGCGUGCUGCGGGUGGCGCUCGCUGCCGUCUACUUCCAGGAGGAAUUUCUAGACGGAGAGCGCUGGAGAAACCGAUGGGUGCAGUCCACCAAUGACUCCCGAUUCGGGCAUUUCAGACUCUCGUCGGGGAAAUUUUAUGGUCACAUAGAGAAAGACAAAGGUCUGCAGACCACUCAGAAUGGCCGAUUCUACGCCAUCUCUGCACGCUUCAAACCGUUCAGCAAUAAAGGCAAAACCCUGGUCAUUCAAUACACAGUGAAACAUGAGCAGAAGAUGGACUGUGGAGGGGGCUACAUUAAGGUCUUUCCUGCAGACGUGGAUCAAAAGAACCUGAAUGGAAAAUCACACUACUAUAUUAUGUUUGGACCUGAUAUUUGUGGAUUUGAUAUCAAGAAAGUUCAUGUUAUUUUACAUUUCAAGAAUCAGUAUCAUGCAAACAAGAAACCAAUCCGGUGCAAGGUUGAUGCCUUUACACACCUCUACACUCUGAUCUUAAGGCCGGAUCUUUCUUACGACGUGAAAAUUGACGGCCAGUCCAUUGAAUCCGGCAGCAUAGAGUACGACUGGAACUUAACGUCGCUGAAGAAGGAAAAGUCAGCAGAGUCCAAGGAUUGGGAUCGGGCUGAAGGUGACAAAGCCCAGGACUGGGAGAAGCAUUUUCUGGACGCCAGCGCCAGCAAGCCGAGCGACUGGAACGCCGAGCUGGACGGGGACUGGCAGGCCGCCAUGCUCCAGAAGCCCCCGUACCAGGACGGCCUGAAACCGGAGGGUAUCGAUAAAGACAUCUGGCUUCACCAGAAGAUGAAAAGCACCAACUAUUUGACACAAUACGACCUCUCAGAGUUUGAGAACAUUGGUGCCAUCGGACUGGAGCUCUGGCAGGUGAGAUCCGGAACCAUCUUUGAUAACUUCUUGAUCACGGACGAUGAGGGGUACGCUGAGCAUUUUGGCAAGGCCACCUGGGGUGAAACCAAGGCUCCAGAAAGGGAGAUGGAUGCCAUACAGGCCAAGGAAGAAGUGAAAAAAGCCCGGGAGGAAGACGAGGAGGAAUUGCUGGCAGGAAAAUUUAACGGGCAUGAACAUUUUCUCAACCGAUUUCACAGGCGGGGCGAACUUUAGUCACCCUCACUGGAGAUAAAGAUGAGUGGCAAAACCUUGUUUCUACUUUUACCUGUAUUUAAAUUAAGUUCAAAUGUCUA